AUGACAAUUAGUAAUUACAGCGUAAUAGAGUUUGGGAAUAUUCUAAAUAAUAGAGAAAUAACAAAAAAUGCAAUAGUAGGAAUCAUUAAACAAAUAUUAUAUAGUAGGAAUCAAUGUUCAAUGCCAUUAGAUACCAUAAUAAACGAAUAUAAUACUAAAAUAAAUAACAGCCAUAACGAUGAGGAAGGGGGCAAUACAACCAAUAACAGUUAUAAAGUACCUUUUAAAAAGAAAAGGUUUAUAGAAAGUUCUCAAAAACUAUUUAAUGGUUUUUCAAAUAUUUAUAAAGAAAAUGAAUCCAUUCCUCCUCCACCACCAAAAAUAGUAGCAUUAUUAUUGGGCUCAUCAAUAUUUAGUUUAAAAGAGAUAUAUUUGUUUCUAUUAGAUAACAGUUAUGAAUCUAAUAAUAAUAAUAAUAAUAAUAAUAAUAAUAAUAAUAAUAAUAAUAAUAAUAAUAAUAAUAAUAACGAUAGCAAUAAUAAUAAUAGUAAUAAUGGUAAUAAUAAUACAUUAAGAAGAAUAAUGAUAAAUAUAAUUCAAAAUUCACCAGAAACUUUUAUAAAUAUAUCAUUAAAGUCAUAUGUGGUAAUGUACAGCAAUAGAAUAAACCAAGAUAUAGAAAAUAGUGAUAAAAGCAAAGAUAAUUUAUAUGAUGAAGAGGAGGCUGUUUUUAUUCCACAACAAGAUUUUAAAUUAAAAUUAAAGAAAUCUACAAAAAUCCAAGUUUUCAAUUUUACAGAUUCAAAUAUUAAUGAUAUUAUUAAAAUUACCCCAACUCAAAUUCAAAUAAAAAAGUCACUAGCCAAAGUACAACCGCAACUCAAUGAUAGUAUGAACUCAAGUAUAUCAAGUAUGGAGAUUGACAGUAAAUAUGAACAAGAAUGCGAUGAUGAAAGCUACCUGUGGUAUCAAUUUUCAGAAUCAAUUAAUGGAAUUAAAUAA